AUUGGUGAUUCUGUUCGGUGUUUCUAUCUGAGUUGAAGAUUAGGGUUUGUAGCCAGUUUCGCCGAUGGCUCCUGGGCGUAAAAGAGGAGCGAACAAAGCCUUGGCCAUUGGUGAGCUGAGAUUGGGUGAUCUCGUUCUUGCUAAAAUCAAAGGCUUCCCUGCUUGGCCUGCUAAGAUCAGCCGGCCCGAAGAUUGGAAACAGGUUCCAGACCCAAAGAAACACUUUGUUUAUUUCUUCGGAACAAAAGAAAUUGGUUUUGUUACGCCAGCUGAUAUUCAAGUCUUCACUACCGAGGCGAAGGAUAAAUUAUUACAAAAAUGUAAAGGUAAAACAGUCAAGUACUUUGCACAAGCCGUAGAGGAAAUCUCCGCUGCAUUUGAAGAGUCGCAGAAUCACAAGUCAGAUAUAUUGGAUCCAGCUGGUCAUGAUGGAAAAUCUGAUAAGUUUGAUUCUAGGUCUGACCCUUGUCUCGGUAAUUUAGUUGAGGAUAAUGGUGCAGAGACAAAGCCUGACUUAGGAGAGCAAGAUUCAUUGAAAUCAAAUGACAGAACCACAUCCCAGAGUAGUGAGCCGGUGGAGCAUGGAUCUCUUGACCCUAUCUUAAAGGUAGCAGAUUCUAGGGAUAAAAUUGACGGUGUCACUUGCACUGACCAUGGAAAGAAUUCGGCCAAUGGUCAGAGGAUAAUCAAGAAGACAGCUGGUGACACGAACAAAAGAAGUAAAGAUAAGGUUCAUAGAGCCAAACGUGUGCCUGAUAAUCAAGCGGCUACUGACAGUCAUCUCCGAGGUCAGAAAUUAAAGGGCAACAAAAAGGGACAAGAGCAUGGCAGUAAAAUAGAAUCUUGUGACAAUAAGGUGGUUUUGGAUGUGAAAAUCGCUAGUUCUAAAAAGCCGAAAGAGUUGCUGAAAGAGAAACCUAUCGCCCGAGUCUCUGAGAUUUUAGAGAAGAAAAAAAAGUUUGAAAGUGAAAUAGGAAAGUCUGCAUCAGGAGCAGAUGAUAGUGAACGUGCUGUUAAAAGGCCACGGUCUGAAGAUGCGAAGGAUCAAAAACAAUGUAAGAGAAAACGUCUUCUUCCUGUUGGUGAAGGCAAGGCUGAUGGAAAAAAUCAAAUUGAUAAGGAAGCAGUCGCUUGUACGAAGCGCCGCAAAGAGACAGUGGAGCACACAAGUGUUUCCUCUUUUUCUGGGCCUCUCAAUAAAGAGGGGACAAAUCAUCCUGAACAGAAGAUGAAGUUAUCUUCUGAUAGCGAUGUGAAGGUUCCAGCUGCUCAGCUGCCGAAGAGACGAAGGGCGGUUUGUAUCUAUGACGAUGAUGAUGAUGAUGAAGACCCAAAGACUCCAGUUCAUGGAGGGUAUACCAAUGUUGUCAAAGCUAAAUUAGCUUCUACGGAUGGUCCUAAAAGGAGUAAACAUCCUGAACAGAAGAUGAAGUUAUCUUCUGAUAGCGAUGUGAAGGUUCCAGCUGCUCAGCUGCCGAAGAGAAGGAGGGCGGUUUGUAUUUAUGACGAUGAUGAUGAUAAUGAACACCCAAAGACUCCAGUUCAUGGAGGACAUACCAAUGUUCCCAAAGCUAAAUUAGCUUCUUCGGAUGGUCCUAAAAGUGCUUAUGCAUCCCAUGAUACUUCUAUUAAAGCAAAGCUAUUAGCUGGAUCUGCAGACAGUGCAAAAAAAGGGAAAGUACAUCUGUAUCAACAUAACAAGGAUGCUUCACUAGCACUACCUGGCAGCAUGGAGGGGUAUAACUCACCUAUGGGAAAACCAGUCAACGCGUUGCUCCCAAAGAAUAUCAAGCCGAACUUGAGUUCUCCUAAAAAUUCCCAUCAGUUGGUUUCAUCUAAGAAACAGGUGACAGGAGAAAAUAAAACUGCAAAAGUCUCUGGUUCAGGAAUGCCAGAUAGCGUGGAGGACCCUUCAAACAGCUCCUCUAUAGGAAAACCAUUGAUCAAGCUGCCCCCACAGAAUGUCAAGCAGAUCUGUAGAUCUCCUAAUAAGUCCCCUCAGUUGCUAUCAACUAUGGAGCAGGUGGCAGGACAGAAUAAAGUUGCGAAAGUCUCUGGUGUGGGGAUCCCCAAAAAAUGCCAAGGUGAUUCAUCCAAGGACGCAAUGGCUGGUUCAGAUAUAUUAAGCUCUUCUCAUUCAAAGACAAAAAAUCAGAGAAGCAAACCAGCUUUGGAAGAAAACCCAACAGGCACUCCAAAAGUUGCAACUUGUCUGAACGAUGUUGGAGUGUCAACAGGCAAUUCUGUGAACUUGUCCGCUGACAUGAUUACGGGCAAUCAAGAAAAUGGAAGUGCCUCAUUGAUCAGUUCUCGGAUGCCAGAUUCUUCUUCAUCUAUGAAGCAUCUAAUUGCAGCUGCCCAAGAAAAAAGAAAACAAGCACAUUCACAUACUUCACCUCCUGUGAAUAUAGACCAUAAUUCCUUUACCAUCGAUCCAAUGCAGACAAGUCAAAGCCCUUUCAUAGUUCAGAAUGUUUCAUCUUCUGCUGGCGAUGCGAUGCUGAUUGUUGCUCAGGAACCUCAAGAAGAUUCUACUCCAUCAAUUCAUGGCCACCAAUCCCCAUCAAGUAACCAAGCUUGGACUGAAGAGAAGGAAGAGAGAAGAUUUAGUUCAGGGCAUAGGUCGGUUGAGGGUUCACUAAGUGGUGACACUGAGGCUGCGAUUUCUCGAGAUACGUUUGAGGGAAUGCUAGAGACCUUAUCCAGAACUAAGGAAAGUAUUGGACGUGCAACACGCAUGGCAAUUAAUUGUGCCAAGUAUGGGAUUGCCAGUGAGGUUGUGGAACUUCUCAUUCGAAAGUUGGAAAUUGAGCCUCAUUUUCGUCGUAAAGUGGACUUGUUCUUUCUCGUUGAUUCGAUCACCCAAUGUUCCCAUAAACAAAAAGGUAAUACAGGCGGUUCGUAUAUUCCUACUGUGCAGGCAGCCCUUCCACGCCUUCUAGGAGCUGCUGCUCCUCCAGGGACUGGUGCUCGUGAAAAUCGUCAUCAAUGUCGCAAGGUAUUGAGGUUGUGGCUUAAGAGGAAGAUUUUCCCAGAUUCUCUUUUACGUCGUUAUAUUGGUGAUAUUGGUGCUUCUGGUGAUGAUAAAACUGUUGGGUUUUCCCUACGACGUCCUUCUAGAUCUGAGCGUUCUGUAGAUGAUCCUCUAAGGGACAUGGAAGGGAUGCUUGUUGACGAGUAUGGGAGCAAUGCAAGUUUUCAGCUGGCAGGCUUAUCUUCUCACAAUUUUGGAGAUGAUGAAGAAGAUGAGGAUCUUCCAAGCACAUCACAUGAAGUUAAAAACACACAUAUGGAAGAACCAGUCCAUGCGUUAGGCAAGUUAGAGGCACAUGAUAGUUCGAGUGAUAAACCUCACUGUGUAGUAGAUGUCAGUGGUGUUCGUGAAAUGGAAGAUGCGUCUUGUCAGCUGACAGAUGACGAACCUUCGUAUGUCUGUGGGAUUGGAGCGAAGGAGGACUCACCGGCUGCAACCUAUGCAACUGAGAUCCCUCCUUUUCCAGCAUGUUCUCCUUCGCUACCUCAUGAAUCGCCUACAUCUCCCCCUCCUCUACCUCCUUCUCCACCACCGCUGUCUCCGCCUCCACCCCCGUCAUCUCCACCGGAGCUGCCAUUUGCGCCACCUCCCUCUGAUCAUUUUUUUACUCCACCACCCGCUCCAUUUGCACUUCCACCGUCUUCACAAUCUAUAGCUCUAACUCGACCGUCAAUGCCUAGCCAUCCUUCAUUACUAAAUAAACCAGGAUUCACUCACCCAGCACAUGCAUCAUUGCAACAUGAGUACCAGAUAUCUAUGCAGCGGAACCAACAGCUUCGGCCGAGCAAUACCUCUUUUCUACAGAGACCUGUGAUUAGGAAUCUUGCCCCAGCACCAUCCAGCCAUUUUUCGUUUCCAAGCCUUCAAUCAGAACCCCAGCGUUCCUCCUUUCCUCAUCCUUACCCUUUUCCUUCUCAGUCAGUUGAUGGGCAGCGACAUAUGAAUGAGGAAGCGUGGCGGAUGUCUUCAAAUGGACGUAAUGCAGAUACUCAAAAUGGAGCCUGGAUAAGUGGAAGAAAUCCAUUUCCAGGCUCUCUUACUGUUACAGACGGUUUCUUUCAGCCGCCUCCCGAAAGACCUUCAGGGACAAUGAGCUAUCAGUUUGCUGCUAAUAACGUGCAAGGUGGCCCGACAAUUACAGGUCAUGGUGCUUCGCAGAUGCUUCCAUCUCGGCCAGACGUACCUUUCACGGCUCGAUGGAGGCCACCCUGAAGUUAAGUUCGAAAUAGAGAACCUGCACUUUUCUUCCAUAAAGGGAUUUUUUGGCGGUAUAUUCACUUCCAGAGGCAUCAAAACUCUGCAGACUAUUGUCAGGAUAUUGCUAUAUGUUGUAAUUGUUCCUGACAAAUGUAUCACCGGAUCAUAUUCUUCACAGUAUAUGCCCUAGUUUCUAAUUUGGUGCUCUAGGCUGAAUGCCUUAGCAGGAACGAUGACGCAUGCAUUUCUCAACAACUGUGCACUGCUUAUCUGAAGUUUGUUGAGGACUUGAGGUUUUACACUUGAACCCGGAGUGGUGGAAAUGGCGUCCUGUUUGGAUCAAGUUUCGGCGUAAACUCGAGGUUUUUUAUUAGAUUGUGUGGUGGAACCAGAGACUAUCUAAGUGAUUGGGAUUAAAUCAGACUUAGAAGCUUAUGAUUGGGUCUCUGAAGUCUGCAGGUUAGGUUUUCUUAUGCAUUCUCUCUUUGAAAGGUACAGUUUGUCAAAGAUUCACCAUUUAGUAAAUACUUGUUUGAGCAUUUUUUUUCUGGUUAGAAUUAUAUUUUCAAUAAAAAAGCAUUGAGCUGGAAAUGAAACAUGAGCCUACAGAAAAUGGAAGAACGGAAUCUUUUAUAGAUCACGUCUAGUGAAUAUUAAGGCAUGAGUAUUUUAAAAUUCUGUGUUCAUAAAAUAGCAACGAAGAGUCGAAACCGGUUAAAGCGCAUGUGAAACGAUCUACUAGAAUAUUCUAGAAUUGAGAAGAUCUAGCUCAUCUCACUGUCAUACAAGACUACGGGACUUUGAUUAAGUGAUUUCAAUAAAUAAUGUUUUUCUACAUGAAGUGAAAAUUAGAUUUGCCAAAACUGUCUAAUUCUGAGCAAAAAGGUUCGAACUUAUACACAUAUGUUGCAAGUUGUGCUAUUAAUAUUUUUUACAGCAACAGCAAAAAUCACCGAUCGCUUCUACCGCCAACAUGUUACACAAUCCUUUUCACACUGACUCGGCCAUCACAAAAGAAUGUCGGUAAGUGUAAAGUGGUUGUGCUGGUGUGACGCGUUGGUAGCAGUAGUAAUGGCGAUAGCAUGAGCGAUGACAGUGAUGAAGUCGUAAGCGGCGAUGGAAAAAAAAAAGCAUUGGUUGUGCCAGCCAGAAGCAGCAGUGACGGAACAGUGUCUACUUUUGUAUCAUGACCUUUUUUGAUAUAAUAUGAAGUCGAUGAUUCAAGUCUGGUUAGAUGUUACAUUUUAUAUAACACUUGCAAAUUUUUAUGUACAUUAGUUUGUUGUUUACGCUUUGUAAUUUAUUGUUAAUUGCUGAGAUAAUUUGAUAAGUUAGAUUUACUCGCAAAAAAA